AUGGUGGAUGUGAGUAAUCAGCUCCAGACAUCAUUUUUGAUUGACACAGGAGCAACAUUUACAAGCAUUGGAAAAGAAGGCUCUAAGCUCCCCCUCUCACGCAAAGCAGUAAAGACAGUAGGCUUCUCGGGUAAAACUCAAACUUUGCAUUUCACAGAGCCACAAGACAUAACAGUAGAAGGAAUCACAAUACAAGCACCAUUGUUGUAUUCCCCCGAUACUCCAGCGAAUCUACUAGGCAGAGAUGUACUGUGUAAGCUAGAGCAAAAUCUUCUGUGGGCCUACAGGAGUGUGGGUCGAACUGCCGAAAUCCUAGCUCAACAGUGUGUGAUGGUAGAAAGAAAAAUAGACCAACAGACACUGGAUAAAGUCUAUUGGCUGGAACUCGACGUGACAUCUUCAGAAAUCCACAAGCUGUAUGACCACUUGAAAGCAUGGUUUACAAACAUGCGUCCAGACUGUAAGGAAACCAGGAAACCAUGGCACUGCACAAUAAGGUAUGAUGAGGGGGGACAAGAUGAAGAAUAUGAGACUUUGUGGGGAGAACAUGUAGAAGGAAACCAGUACAGCCUCAAAGCAGAAAACGUGAUCAUUGGUCCCCAGGGGAUAGCUGCAACAGUACAACUACCAGACCACAUUGCACAGUGGUAUUCAGUUGAAAACUCUGUUCCACAUGUCUCCCUGAUGAUCGGGCAAAAUUAUAAAUCAAAAGACUUAGGGCCAAUGGUCAGAGAAGCAAGUCAGAUAACUGAAUGGAUACCAGUGGAAAAAGAUAUAAGCAUGACAUCAGACAGGAAAUAUCUCAGAAUAAAAUUAACAGCUGAAGACAGUGCGGUAGCUCACACUAUUUUGAUCAACAGACAGAUGCAAGUGAGAACACAAGUAGGGCAAGUAGGACAAUGGCAACAGAAGGAAGAACAGGCUGAACUAGAAGAAGAACAGGUAUUGAAACAAAUUCCGGAAAAACUAUGGACUAAACACCAGACAGAUGUAGGGUUAGUUAAGUCAUCAGGGUUGGCGAAAAUUCAAUUAAAACCCAAUGUGCAAUUACCAUACCAGAAACAAUACCAACUGUCGCAACAGGCGAUAGAGGGGAUAAGACCCACCAUUGAAGGACUAGUUGAAGCAGGAGUGUUAAUCCCAACAGACAGCCCUUGCAACACCCUUUUUCCGGUCAGAAAACCAAAUUCAGACAAGUGGAGAUUGGUCCAUGAUUUAAGACCAAUAAAUCGUGUGGUGGUAGCAGAAAAUCCUGUAGUACCUGAUCCACACACACUGUUAACAAACAUCCCUGAAGGGACUAAAUGGUACACUGUAAUUGACUUAUGCUCAGCAUUCUUUAGUGUGCCUCUGCAUCCUGAGUCUCGGUUUCUGUUUGCAUUUACAUACGGGGGAAAACAAUACACCUACACACGUCUGCCACAAGGGUAUUGUGAAAGCCCGUCAAUUUUUAACCAGGUGUUAGCACGAGAUCUGGCAGACCUAGACAUUCAAAGCAGUUUGCUUCAAUAUGUAGACGACCUACUGAUUUGUAGUCAAACCAAAGAACAGUGCAUGAAAGACUCGUUAAAGAUUCUGGAAACCCUAGCUCAUAAUGGACACAAGGUCAGUAAGGAAAAAUUGCAAUUCUGCCGACAAAGGUAG